UUCCCACAGACUUCCACUCAUCGCGCGAAGUGCUAGAAACGGGGGGGUGAAAAAACCAUCCCGUGUUGUGUUUAGUUUUUUUGUUUUGUUUUUCUUUUCUUUAUUUUCGUAAAUGUUCCGUAACUAACGACAAUCGUAUUUAUUAUAGCUUAAUACACUUGGGCAUAAGGAAACGUUCUUUAAAACCGUUACUGGCGAAGGCAACAUAGAAAAUUGUCUCUGUAACUAGAGCAGCUACUCAGACUUGUUACCCUGGAAAACAUCGACGUAGGUGGACCAGGCAGGAGUUAGUGUUAAACUGAUAUAACGUUAGGCUUGCAUAUACACGAUGUAUUUGUGUUGAGAAAAAAUACUGAAAGCGCGACCUUUCGUGAGAGCUGUCGUUGUCGCUUUGGUGUAGGCUUUAAUCUGUUGUAAAGAUGGGAUCCAUUCUCAGUCGAAGAAUUGCUGGCGUUGAGGACAUCGAUAUCCAAGCAAAUUCAGCCUACAGAUACCCUCCAAAAUCUGGAAACUAUUUUGCUAGUCACUUUUUUAUGGGUGGGGAGAAGUUCGACACCCCUCAUCCUGAGGGAUACCUGUUUGGGGAAAACAUGGACCUGAACUUCCUUGGCAACAGACCUGUGCAGUUUCCUUAUGUGACCCCAGCUCCACACGAAGCUGUGAAGACAUUGAGAAGCCUGGUGAACAUCAGGAAGGACUCUCUACGACUCGUCAGGUAUAAGGAUGAUUCGGACAGUCCUACGGAGGACGGGGGGAGGCCCCGAGUGGUAUAUAGCGUGGAGUUUACCUUUGAUGCGGAUGCUCGGGUGGCCAUCACCCUGUACUGCCAGGCCUUUGAGGAAUUCACCAACGGCAUGGCCAUUUAUUCUCCCAAGAAUCCCAUGAUGGUGUCAGAAACAGUACACUACAAACGAGGAGUGAGCCAGCAGUUCUCCCUCCCGUCCUUCAAAAUCGAUUUCACCGAGUGGAAAGAGGAAGAGCUCAGCUUUGAUUUGGACAGAGGAGUCUUUCCAAUGGUGAUUCAGGCCGUGGUGGAUGAAGGCGACGAAGUUUCUGGACAUGCACAUGUGCUGCUGGCUGCCUUUGAAAGACAUGUAGACGGCAGUUUCUCUGUGAAGCCACUGAAGCAAAAGCAGAUCGUGGAUCGAGUCAGCUACCUGUUACAGGAGAUCUAUGGGAUUGAGAACAAGAACAACCAAGAGACCAAGCCCACAGAUGAUGAGAACAGCGACAAUAGCAACGAGUGCGUUGUCUGCCUGUCUGACCUGCGCGACACACUCAUCCUGCCCUGCAGGCACCUGUGUCUGUGCAACUCCUGUGCAGACACACUGCGCUACCAGGCCAACAACUGCCCCAUAUGCAGACUGCCCUUCCGGGCCCUGCUCCAGAUCCGUGCUGUUAGGAAGAAGCCCGGGGCGCUGUCUCCUGUGUCCUUCAGCCCAGUCUUGGCGCAGACCAUGGAGCACGAUGAGCAUUCGAAUUCGGACAACGUCCCACCUGGUUUUGAGCCUAUCUCCCUCCUGGAGGCGCUCAACGGCCUGCGCUCCAUUUCCCCCAGCAUCCCCUUGGUCCCCCUCUAUGAUGACAUCCAUUUCUCUGGCGGUCUCGGGGAUCCCUUACCGCUGUCGGGCCGGCAGCUUGGAUCGGUGGAGCGCUCCGGAGACGCGGGACGGGGUCAGAAGGGCAAGGUCAGCAAGUCACCUGACAGUAGCACCCUGAGGUCCCCGUCGUCGCCCAUCCAGGAGGAGGAUGAGGAGAAGCUGUCCGAGGUAUCUGACAGCCAGCCUCACGCCCUGCUGUCCAGCAGUCCCGCUUCCACCGAGGCCAUUGCUGCCGAGGAAGGCCCGGGGUCCGUCACUCCUGAUGAAGAAGAUCGACUUCACUCUAUGGGUGAGAUCUUUCAUGACAGCAGCAGUGAGCACAGCCGUCUAACAAAGACUGAGAGUGACCCACCUGUGGAGCUGUCGCUACCAGCCCCAGCUCCUGACUCCUGCCGUGUUGCUAUUGAGAAAUAACACGGGCUCGUCAGAGUCUACGGAAAGUCUGAAGAGCCAGAGCACCAACAGCUCUAGCCAGCCUCUGCUGUGCCCCCCCAGCAGUCUGCACAUUGAGGAUGAGCAGCUCAUCCCCUAGCAGUGGGCGUGUCCUCUAGACCCCUCUCACCCUGCCCCAAGACCUGCCUGGUCUAGCUGUCGUCUACCUUCUCUGUCCUUAUUGUUGUCCUUUUGUCCGAUGGAGCACGUCUGGUUGCAUUCAGCCUUGGGAUGACUAGUGCCAAUCAGCACUUGUACAAAUGUCGUUGUCACCUACCAUGUCUUCAGUGUCCUAGUCUUUAUGUGGAAAACUGUCCAAACUCCAGGAAUCACCUCUCUCACCUAUGAAGAGCAGCUACGCUACCUUUUAGUGCAAAACCAAUGCAUUGGAAACAGGCACUUUUCCCCAAAGUCAGCCCCAGCCAGAGAGGCCCCGUUGCCAGCACUCGACCAAUCUGUGCCAGUGGCAGACUGGAUCGUUCUACCAGACAGCAGAGAUCACAACUGAAAAUGGCACAGGACUAUCUAUACCUGGCAGCACAAACACACAUCUGAUUUGCCAUUUUGAUAAAUCUGAUUUCGCUCCUCAUCAAACUGAUUUUAAUGGCUGACAAUUAUCGCGCUGAUGUUCCCUCCCAAGGUUACGUGGUUGACCCAUGACCUUAUUUGAGGGAAAUUAAAUAUUUGUUGUCACACCUAAAUUGCACUAAUGUCCAGGGUGGAAAAUGAAAAACAUAACCCCCAACACUCGGACAGGGAAAGGUGGAAGAUUCACAUGUAGUGAAUUAAAUGAUUAUUGCAUUUAGUAUCUUCCCCCCCCAGCUGUCACCCUAAAUCAUCAUUAUUCACAGUGACUAAAUCAGAAACUGUGUAUUCAAGUGGUUUUCACUGCUGGUGAAGUACCACCUGCAUGCUGGCUGUCAGAACAGAAACUACAAUCGUAACGAUUUGCGCUAAGAUCUGUGUCUGUGCUCAUUAUGCUCAUGUUUCCCCACGUUUCCCUGCUCUGUCUGGCUAACAUUGCAUCCUUGCAUGUGACUUGGCCAGUGAAAAGUCAGACUUACCAAAGGAGCUGUUUUCUCUGUGUUCAAAGCUCAAAAUCUAAAAAAUCAUUUCAAGUACUUAGAUCUAAGCAUUGUUUCGCUAAAUAAUAGUAUUUUUGAAUCAAGCUUUUAUUCUUUGUUUUAUAUUGCUGAUUUUAGCCGAAGAUUUAUAUAUGCAUACACUUGUAUAUUUUACUUGCUAACUAGAGUAGCAGAUUUUAGCAAGUCUGCUAUCCAGUAUGCAUGUUUUAGCUUGAGGGAUAGCUAUAAUUUAAAUACCCUGUUACCUUUUUCAUACCUAGUGCAUUUGUAAAUUAAAAAUAAAGGCUUCUUGCAUACAUAUAUUUUUUGAUUCACUUGUGUAAACAGCAUAUUGUCAUAUAAGAACAAUUUAACAGUGUUUUCAUCUAUACAGGAAUUUCAGUAUAAUCUUCAGUAGUAACUUUGUAAAGAAUAAAAGUAUAUAACUUUUUCCUCAUAAAAA